GCCGAGCCCCAGGAGUCUGGGCUGAGAGCUGACUGUCACCCCUUCCUUGCCCCCUCAGGCCCUUGGAAGACAAGCCCCCAGGCUUGUCCCCAGAAGUAUCUGGAUUUGCCUGGGAAGGCGGCCAAAGCCUCAGUGCUCUCCCAGGCCCACGGCUGCCCACCCCCGCGAGGCCGAGGCUAUGGAAAAGUUCCGCAUGUUCUUCCAGCACUUCCAGUCCAGCUCAGAGUCCGUGAUGAAUGGCGUCUGCUUGCUGCUGGCCGCGGUCACGGUCAAGAUGUAUUCCUCCUUCGACUUCAACUGCCCCUGCCUGGCGCGCUACAAUGCCCUCUACGGCCUGGGCCUGCUGCUCACACCCCCGCUCGCCCUCUUCCUCUGCGGCCUCCUUGCCAACCGGCAGUCCGUGGUGAUGGUUGAGGAGUGGCGCCGGCCUGCGGGGCAGCGGAGGAAGGAUCCGGGCAUCAUCAGGUAUAUGUGCUCCUCUGUGCUGCAGAGGGCACUGGCCGCCCCCCUCGUCUGGAUCCUCCUGGCCCUCCUUGAUGGGAAGUGCUUCGUGUGUGCCUUCAGCAGCUCCGUGGACCCCGAAAAGUUUCUGGACUUUGCCAACAUGACCCCCAGCCAGGUGCAGCUCUUCCUGGCCAAGGUGCCCUGCAAGGAGGAUGAGCUGGUCAGGGACAGCCCCGCUAGAAAAGCAGUGUCCCGCUACCUACGGUGCCUGUCCCAGGCCAUCGGCUGGAGUCUCACCCUGCUACUGAUCAUCGUGGCCUUCCUGGCCCGCUGCCUGAGACCUUGCUUCGACCAGACAGUCUUCCUGCAGCGCAGAUACUGGAGCAACUACGUGGACCUGGAGCAGAAGCUCUUCGACGAGACGUGCUGUGAGCAUGCGCGGGACUUCGCCCACCGCUGCGUGCUGCACUUCUUCGCCAGCAUGCAGAGCGAGAUGCGGGCGCGCGGGCUGAGCCGGGACGCCGCGGGCAGGGGCCGCGAGCCACCCGAGAUGCCCAGCGGCCUGUACGGCGACGGAAGCAGGAAGGCCCACCUGCGGGCCGUUUCUAGCCGGGAGCAGGUGGAUCGCCUCCUGAGCACGUGGUACUCCAGCAAACCGCCGCUCGACCUCGUGGCAUCCCCGGGGCUCUGGGCGCGUGGCCUCAACCAUCGCGCUCCCACGGUGGCCCCAGGCACCAGGCUGUCUCAGCAUACUGAUGUGUAGGGACCCCAGCAGUGUCCCCAUGUGAAGUCCCCGCCCUGGCAACGGCCUGGGGGUUUCCAGGUUGUGGAGAUGCCGAGGCAGGACAACCUAACCCUUGCUGGCUUGCUUCCUCAAAAUAGCCCAGUCUCUGGCCCACUUUCAGGGUGUGGCCUCCCGUGUGCUCUCAAGCAGUGCUUCGCAAACUUUAGGCUGCUCACUGUUCUCCCUAACUCUUGCUAAAUGCAGGUUCUGAUUUGGUGCGUCUAGGAUUGGGUCCAAGACUGCCCUUCUGUCAGGUUCCCAGGGGAUACUGAACUUGUGAACUAGCAAGAGUCUGAGUAGAUCUGCCUGUGGAUUCUGGAUCCUAGAUGUACAGAUUCUAAAUUUGAAAUAAUAAUAUAAUAACAUCUAACAGGUGUCAGUGGUGCUUACUACAUGUUCUAAGGUCUUUCCCUAUAUAACUCAUUUGAGCCUCAUGAUAAUUCAAUGAAGUAGGAUGAUUAUUAGCCCCAUUUUAGAAGAGAAAACUGAGGCCAAAAGUGAUUAAGUUGCCUGGGGUCACCCAGGAGUAGGAGCUGGAAUUUGAUCCCAGGAGGCCUGUCUAGCUAUACUCCUGGGCCCGCUAUAGAGAGUGUGUGUAUUGGUUUUCACCCCUCUGGUUAGGCUUCCUGUAGCUUCCACCAAGUUUCUCUAUAAGCAAGCGCUAGCAAGCUCCAGGUGUGUGGAAUUUGGACCGGCUCUGAAAAUCCAGAUGGAGUGGACCCAGACA